AUGUCCGAACUCCAAUACUAUGCAUAUCCCACGGAAGGCGCAGAAAAACUAAAGCAGCACGGUUACAGCCAAGCCGUUCGAGUAGGCGAUCGCAUCGAGUGCGAGGCUAGGAUCCCCACAGCGGCCAUGACGCGGAAUUUCAAAAUGUGGAUGCCGCACCACGCGCCCAUUUGGACGUGUGUGGGAGUGGCGAGACUGGGGGAUGAGGAGAUGAGAGUGGAGAUUGAGAUUGUGGCGCUGGAUGCGGAGGGUGCGGAGGCGGCGAGGGAAGCGGGAGAGAGGUGA